AUGCGACAUAAUCAUGAUCCAUCAUCUUCCCCUGCUGACCCUCUCACACGCUUCAAUGAAACAUGGCACUAUGCAGACAUCCCUUCUGGGACUGCUGCCAUUCGAGAUGAACACAGUGGACACCACAAGGGACACCACCAGGAAAUGAUCUGCCGCCUCCAGCCAGCUUAUUACACUCAUAUCACUCCGUCCGCCUUCAACUUCUCUCCUACAGUUCAUGCUUACCUUCAAGAAAUCAAAGCCACACCAGAAGUUAUGUUGAGGAUCGACGCCAGCCUUAACUACUCUGUCGACGACUGGGAGUAUUUCUUUGUAGAUGCUGGCCUUUCAACAUCACAAGCACGUAAUCUUCGUCAGCAACAGGUCAGAAAAACAAAUCUCAACGAACACGAGGUUGGUGAUGCGCGGAGUGCUUAUAUGGUCAGCAUUGCAGACCUUGCAGAAAAAUAUCAUACCUCACUGGAGUGGAUGUCAAAGCAGUUUUUCUUGGGAGGGAAGCUGUUGAAGAGUUCCCACAAAAUCUCCAUGUUCAAUGUGGUUGUGAGACACGAAAUUGCCAGGCGAAAGGAAAACGGUAUCACGAAUGGUAGGAAGACACUUGCCAUUGUCUCCAGAGAACUCAAGGAGUCCAGAGAGUGGAAGAACCUGACACAGGAGGAGGAAGAUGAAUUAAUGGAGGACAUACAAGUUGAAAACACGUCCAAGGCUCCAGUUAAGAUUUACACCAAGGAUGUUGCAACAGAAAUCACAAAGACCAUGGGUAAUCUUGAUCCUGAGGCCUUGAAAAACUGCACUGGCUGCAAUGUGUUCUGGGGUCUGACAAGGAACACAUCAAACGACAAUUUCGGACCACGAAGCUAUGCAUCCGACCCCAUCAAAAAUGCCUGUCUUGCUCUUUUUAAGCUGAUGCCCGAACAGAUGGUUGUCAACAUUGAUGCCUAUAUCGCAGACAUGAUCCGCACCGGUAUGGAGGAAGUCCUCAGCAAGUGGGGCAUUUCAGCCACAAAAAUGCCUCAGGUGGCAUAUCACAAUCAUGAGCGGUUUGUUUGUGCAUGGGGCAUUGAACUUGUAGGAUGGACGGAGGGUGCUAUCAUUAAUCCAGGGGAGAUUACCUCAAGUGUGACUCUCAGGCGCUUGCAUGGUGCUAUCAAAGAUAGUUUGUGUUACUGGCAUGAACUCACAGAUGAUGAACUUGCCGUGAGAAAGGAGGCAUACGAGCAACGUGUUAUUUCAGGGGAGGAGCAACCUAAAGCAACCCACAGUGACAAGGGAAAAAGGAAGCGCAGUAGGCCUGCACCAUCCGUCAGCGCAAAGAGCAAGUCUAUCGUCCCAGACUCAGACAAUGAAAAUGAAGAUGACACUAACUGUCCCUCCACCAACAAUUCCCCCACCACCAUAUCUACUCUCAGUGAUACCACCCCUCCUUUGCCUGCCAUGAACAGAGCCAGCCCUCUAUCUAACAGCAACCACAAUGUCCCCCGAUGCUUUCCUGCUUUCACUGAGGCUUGA